AAAUAACCACCACUUUCUCUCUCUACAGUGGCGCCGUUACAAAAGCUCAGGCUGUGAUCUCCUUACUCCAGUAAGUGGCAGCAAGCGAGCGUUAGAGAGAGAAUUGAUGGAGAGAAGUUCGAUUUUCAGCUGAAGACCUCUACGUUCUUCUCGGAGUGAAGGUAAUUCCAAGGAUCUGAAGUCAGGCCAUUGGAAUUUGAAGGUCUUCAAGCGAGUACACUCUAGGUUGAGAAAAUGCAUGUCAAAUCUGAUUCAGAUGUCACAAGCUUGGCCCCCUCAUCCCCUUCCUGGUCACCAAAGAGGCCAGUCUACUAUGUUCAGAGUCCAUCAAGGGAUUCCCAUGAUGGAGAUAAGUCUACAUCUAUGCAGGCUACACCUGUUUACAAUAGCCCUAUGGAAUCUCCUUCACACCCUUCCAUCGGCCGGCAGUCGAGGACCUCCUCUUCCAGUCGAUUUUCUGGGAUCUUUCGCUCUUCUUCUGGGCGGAAGGUGAGAGAGAAGAGGAUGAAUGAGAAGGGAUGGCCUGAGUGCACUGUAAUUCAGGAAGAGGGUCCUUAUGAUGAUCUUAAUGAGGAUAAUGGCCUCUCUCGUCGUUGCCAGCUUGCACUCGCAUUCCUUGCAUUUGUUUUGAUGUUUACUACAUUUUGCUUUAUUAUCUGGGGAGCCAGCCGACCGUACAAAGCAGAUGUGGUGGUGAAGAGCUUGUUGAUGGAUGACUUUUAUCCCGGAGAGGGAUUAGAUAGCACUGGAGUUCCAACCAAGCUGGUCACAGUGAACUGUUCUCUGAAGAUCAAUGUGCAUAAUCCAGCAUCAACAUUUGGUAUUCAUGUCACUUCUAGCCCCAUUAAUCUCAAGUACUUGGAUAUUGUGAUUGCUACUGGUCAAUUAGAGAAGUACUACCAGCCCCGAAAAAGUCAUAGAAGCAGAUCAUUAAUACUAAAAGGAGACAAGGUUCCUCUAUAUGGAGCUGGUGCCGGCCUGCCUCUAUCCAAUACCGGAGGUUCAGUUCCAUUAACUUUGGAAUUUGAUUUGAUCACCCGAGCAAAUGUGGUGGGAAAGCUGGUUAGAGUAAAGCAUCGAACGCAUGUGUUAUGCGAACUUGUAGUUGACUCUAGCAAGAGCAAGGCCAUAAAGUUGUCAAAAACUGCUUGUACCUAUGGCUAAGGCCAUCUCCAGCCGAACGACAUUCUCCGGUUUGCAGUAGUCGCAAGCGUCCAACCGAACAGCAAAUUGAAUGCCAUUUUCAGGUUUUGAAUAGUGCAACGUCAAUAUUGACGUCGCACUGCUCACAGUGGAGAGAAAACACAAAAUGUGUUUCUGUUUGGUGUUCGGAUGGAGACUUGCGGCUACUGCAAACAGACGAUAGGUGAAUGGUUCAGUUCGGUUCGGGAUCCCCUAAGUCGUCAUAUCAAUGCAUUUACUACUAGAGAGCUGCUUGUGAUCGUUUGUGAGGAGAAAGAAGCUUUAUGGUCUCCGCAUAUCCUUUUAUUUUUUGUUCAUUUCUGUAUAUUUGUUGCAAUAAGACAAUUUGAAAAUGAGGCUUACUUCGAAUUUCCUGUAAUGCAGAACCUAUAUUUUGUUGGUAAGUGGAAGAAGGCAUUUCUCUGUGAUAA